AUGCUUCGCUACACUUAUACUUUAUUUUGUAUACUUUGUGUACUUUUUAAUAGUGAUGUGAUUUCCUCAAAACGAAUUUCUGGUAGACAUUCAUAUCCAAAGUCCGGUGGCCUUUCCGGUGGUGGCAGCCACUCUUAUCCGUCAUCCGGAGGUCUUUCGGGUGGUGGACAUGGAUAUCCGUCUUCUGGAGGCAGCCAUGGAUAUCCCUCUUCUGGUGGGUUGUCAGGCGGUGGCCAUGGGUAUCCAUCAUCUGGAGGAAGUCAUACUUACCCAUCAUCUGGGGGAAGCCAUAAUUAUCCUACCAAUACUAAUACGGGUAGUCAUGGAUAUCCAGCUGGGAAAGGACUAUCGGGCAACUCGCCAAGUCAUGCAGGUGCCUCUACUACAAAUGUGCAUUACCACUACAACUACAAUCCACCUCAACAAAUAAGAUACACACCUACACAUGGUGGGCCACCAGUAAGUUAUCCAGUUUAUCAUGGAACACCUCCAACCUAUGUUUAUAAAUAUAAGGACUCCGGAAGCAAAUAUGGCACCUUACUCACAGGAUUAGCCCUUCUUAAUCUUGGAACACUUGGUGUGGCUGCUUAUUCUCUGGGCAAAGGCCACAGUAACUCUGAAUACAAACCACAGCCUGGUGAGGUGUGUAAAUUCGGUAUAAAGAAAGAUAAUGGAGAUUAUGAAGAGACUAGAAUAGAAUGUAACUUGAUUUCAAGUUUUAUUUACCAAGAAGAAGCUAACCGCUCACAUAAUUCAGGAACAAAUGCCACUGUAGUAACAACAACAGUGACAAAUGUUACUACCGUGAACACAAAUGGUGUAGAUCAUCCACCUUCCCCAGUAAAUGCAAAUCCUCUAUAUGAAAUGCUACCCAAUGGUACAUUAGUGCCUGUUAAUUCAACUCUUGUUAAUACUACAGCCAUCUCAAAUAAUAUGACAUCUAAUGGUGGCAUGACUUCAGUUGUUACAAUUUCAACAACUAAUACCACAACAGUAAAUGCAAUAGAUGUGAAGGGUAAACCUAUUGAUGUGACUCCGGGAAUGCAGUGCUAUGUUAUAAGGCACAGUCCGUCCAGUAAUAUGAAAAAGGCAGUGCCCUGUGGAUUAUUACAAAGUUAUGCAAACCAAUCUCUAAAGAGGAAUUCAGCUAUGAGAAAUGUACCCAUUAUUUCUAUUUUUGCUGUGGUUUUGGCAAUGUGUGUUGCA